AAAAAACUCUCCCCUCCUAAUUGUAGCCUUCUGAUGCCAAACCAUCCUCUUCUCUGCACCCCCUGUUAUGUCUACAACAAGCAACCCAAUUGCGCAACUCACACACACAUACACACAGUCCAAUUUUUCAGUUGAUGUUAGGUGAAUUUUUCAGCUCACACUUCUGUCACUCACUCACUCUCACACCCAAUUUUUCAUUUUUUCAAAAAAAAAAAAAAAGAAUAUUAAUUUUAUUUCCUUUUUCUUUUUGUGGGAUGCCACUGAAAAAUUAAAAAAGAAGACGGUGACUGAAAAAAGACUUGCAAAAGAGAAGACUCACUCCCACACACCGAGAAAGAGAAGAAAAAGAGAGCCAAAAAAGAAAGAAAAAUAACAGAGAGAAACAAAGCAAAUUCUCCUUUUUAUUAUUUCAUUCUUUUUUUCUUUUUUUUACUUUUUCUUUUUUUUUUUGCUUUGUUUAAAGUUUUUCUCAUGAAAAAUGCAACAACAUAAACAUAAUCAUUCAUCAACAUCAUCUCAACUUCUGCUACUACUACUACUAGCUUAGAACUUCCAGACAAUAAUGGCCUUUAACCUUAUUUUCUCUCUCCUUUUCUUCUUCUUUCUAUUCUUAUCUAAUUUUCUAAUUAUUUCUCUCUCCUAUGAACCUCGUAAUCUUGAAGUUGAAGCAUUAAUUGAUAUUAAAAAUCAAUUAAACGACCCACAUGGAGUUUUAAACAAUUGGGAUGAAUUUUCUGCUGAUCCUUGUAGUUGGGCUAUGAUCACUUGUUCCCCUGAUAACACUGUUAUUGGACUGGGAGCUCCAAGUCAAUCUCUUUCAGGAACAUUAUCUGGGGCAAUUGCAAACCUCACAAAUCUCCAACAAGUAUUACUUCAAAACAACAAUAUUUCUGGCAAAAUUCCAGCAGAAAUUGGUUUAUUGUCAAAGCUUCAAACUUUGGAUCUUUCCAACAAUGGAUUCUCUGGAAAUGUUCCAAACUCUUUGGGUCAGUCCAAGAGUCUCCAAUAUUUGAGGUUGAAUAAUAAUACCCUGAGUGGUGCCUUUCCUGCAUUUCUAGCCAAUCUGUCGCAGCUUACUUUCUUGGAUUUGUCCUUUAACAAUCUAAGUGGACCUGUGCCCAAGUUUCCUACUAGAACAUUCAAUAUUGUGGGAAAUCCUCUGAUCUGUGGAAACAAAACUACUACUGAUGGUUGUUCUAGCUCAGCUGUUCCGGUUCCUCUUUCUUUUUCGGUUGAUCCCGCCCCUGGAAGGAGAAAGUCUAAGAAAUUAGCAAUUGCACUUGGAGUGACGUUUAGCUUCGUCUUGCUCUUCAUUAUGUUGAUUGGAAUCAUCUAUUGGAGAAGGGAAAAGAGGAACCGCAGAUUUAUGAUGAAGAUCAAUGGGUAUUCGAAUUAUGUAGCAGAUACUCAAGAAAUUGGUCAAAUGAAGUUGGGUAAUUUAAGGACUUUUACUUUCAAAGAACUUUACAAUGCAACAGACAGUUUUGGCUCCAAGAAUAUUCUUGGCAGUGGAGGGUUUGGAAAUGUCUACAAGGGUAAGCUGCCUGAUGGCUCUAUGGUUGCAGUGAAGCGCUUGAAGGAUAUUAGUGGAACAUCAGGAGAACUACAGUUCCAGACUGAAUUGGAGCUGAUCAGCCUUGCUGUUCACCGCAAUUUGCUUCGUUUGAUUGGCUUUUGUGCUACUAAUAGUGAGCGGCUUUUGGUGUAUCCCUACAUGUCAAAUGGAAGUGUGGCCUCAAGACUAAAAGGAAAACCGCCACUAGAUUGGAACACAAGGAAAAAAAUAGCUAUUGGAGCAGCUAGAGGGCUUCUCUAUCUACAUGAGCAAUGUGAUCCCAAGAUCAUCCACCGAGAUGUUAAGGCUGCAAAUGUUUUACUGGAUGAUUCCUAUGAGGCUAUAGUUGGCGAUUUUGGCCUUGCAAAGCUUCUUGAUCAUGGUGACUCUCAUGUUACUACUGCUGUUCGUGGAACAGUCGGACACAUUGCUCCGGAAUAUCUCUCCACCGGCCAAUCAUCUGAAAAGACAGAUGUUUUUGGCUUUGGCAUCCUUUUGCUAGAGCUAAUUACUGGGAUGAGAGCACUUGAGUUCGGCAAGACUGUUAAUCAGAAAGGGGCCAUGCUUGACUGGGUGAAGAAAAUUCAGCAAGAGAAGAAAGUGGAGGUGCUGGUUGAUAGGGAGCUAGGGACCAACUAUGACAGGAUUGAUGUUGGGGAGAUGCUUCAAGUUGCCUUACUUUGCACCCAAUACUUACCGGCCCACCGCCCCAAAAUGUCCGAGGUGGUCCGUAUGCUCGAGGGAGACGGCCUUGCGGAGAAAUGGGCCGCUGCCCAUGGUCAAGACAGUCUCAAUAUGGGCUUUUCUCAAGUUAACAACAAAGGUCUGUCGCGUACCGGGAGCACGCCAAUGGAUCCUCAUCAUCCACCCACAACCAUGUUUGGAGCUAGUUUUGAAGAUGAUGAUGAUGAACAUUCAUUGGAUUCCUUUGCUAUGGAACUCUCUGGUCCAAGAUAGCUAAAGUAAAACGACCAUAAAAAAAAAUUCACAGCUAUAAAGAAAAAAGGAGAUGCAAUUUUUGUCCCUAUUUCUAGUUUGAAAAAGAGAUGUAAAAAGUUUAUUCAUAUAGGAAUUUCUUAAAUUUCUGCAGUGAAUUAAACUGUUUGGUGUAACUUGUGAAUGUAAAUAUAAUUUGAGAAAGUGUAUUUAUUAGAUGCUGAUUUCUCCAA